ACGAGGUCAGGAGAUCGAGAUCAUCCUGGCCAACAUGGUGAAACCCCGUCUCUACUAAAAAUACAAAAAUUAGCCGGGCAUGAUGCUGCGCACCUGUAAUCCCAGCUACUCGGGAGGCUGAGGCAGGAGAAUCGCUUGAACCUGGGAGGCAGAGGUUGUAGUGAGCCGAGAUCGCGCCACUGCACUCCAGCCUGGGCGACAGAGCGAGACUCCGUCUCAAAAAAAAAAAAAAAAAAAAAGACGCAGGGAUGGAGUUUGCCGCCUGAAAGGAUACAGGAGGGAGAGGCGAAAAACUUAUCUGAAUUCUCACUGCUUCCUUACAACUGGCGACCAAGUGGACCAAAAACCUCCAAAAACCUCAGUUGGCUGGGCUACGGGGUCCUUGCUGUCCUUCCUGGGCUUCUGUACCCGGCCGGAACUUUAGUGUUCUGACGCCUUGUUUGGCAUCGGAAGGGAAAAGCAGAUGGACCUAUAAGGGUAAAGUGGCUUCUGGGCGGAAGCCAUACUAUAUGCUCGGGGAGGUAGAAUUGGGCUAUUUGCUGAAGCUUCUUGGUGGCCCUUGCUAGCCCAGGAAGAAACUUACAUUUUGAUUUUUUUGUACCAUGGCUUUGGUUCACAAAUUGCUGCGUGGUACUUAUAUUCUCAGAAAAUUCUCUAAGCCAGCUUCUGCCUUGUAUCCAUUUUUGGGUAUUCGCUUUGCAGAGUAUUCCAGUAGUCUUCAGAAACCAGUGGCUUCUCCUGGCAAAGCCUCCUCACAGAGGAAGACCGAAGGGGAUUUGCAGGGAGAUCACCAGAAAGAAGUUGCUUUGGAUAUAACUUCUUCUGAGGAGAAGCCUGAUGUUAGUUUCGAUAAAGCAAUUAGAGAUGAAGCAGCGUACCAUUUUAGGCAUUUGAAGGAUGAAAUUGUGGAUCAUUGGAGAGGACCGGAAGGCCGCCCUCUGCGUGAGGUCUUGCUGGAACAAGCCAAGGUUGUCUGGCAGUUCCGGGGGAAAGAAGAUUUGGAUAAGUGGACAGUGACUUCUGAUAAGACGAUUGGAGGCAGAAGUGAAGUGUUUCUGAAAAUGGGCAAGAAUAACCAAAGUGCACUGCUAUAUGGAACUCUGAGCUCUGAGGCGCCUCACGACGGGGAGUCUACCCGAAGUGGGUACUGUGCAAUGAUAUCCAGGAUUCCAAGGGGUGCUUUUGAGAGGAAGGUGUCUUAUGAUUGGUCCCAGUUUAAUACUCUGUAUCUCCGUGUACGUGGGGAUGGUCGGCCUUGGAUGGUGAAUAUCAAGGAGGACACAGAUUUCUUCCAGAGGACGAAUCAGAUGUAUAGUUACUUCAUGUUCACCCGCGGGGGACCCUACUGGCAGGAGGUCAAGAUUCCUUUUUCCAAAUUUUUCUUCUCUAAUCGAGGAAGAAUCCGAGAUGUUCAGCAUGAGCUUCCACUUGAUAAGAUCUCUUCUAUAGGAUUCACCUUGGCUGAUAAAGUGGAUGGUCCAUUCUUCCUGGAGAUAGAUUUUAUUGGCGUGUUUACUGAUCCAGCUCAUACAGAAGAAUUUGCCUAUGAAAAUUCUCCAGAGCUUAACCCAAGGCUUUUUAAAUAAAGAUCAUAUGGUAGUUUUGUUUUACUAAUCUAAGGGUACUAGCAUCUACAAUGAUAUAGACAAAAUAAAAUAUUUCUUUAAUGGCAUCCAA